AUGAAUGAUAUCAAUAAUAACAAUGUAAAUAACAAUAACAAUAAAAAUCAUAUAAAUUAUAAUAUUGAUGUAAUAAGAUCAAAUUUUAUAAUAUUGAAAUCAUUAGCUGAAUCAAUUAAACCUUCUUUUGGUCCAAAUGGGAUUUCAAAAAUAAUAGUUGACGAUAAAUCAAAAUCUUAUCUAUUAUAUGGUGGAGUUUCAACAUCUCUACUAUUAUCUUCUUCAUUAAUGGAGAAUGCAUUGAAUCUAUUAUAUAAAGGAUUGGAUUUAAAUUCAAUUAUAAGUGGUUAUAAAAUUAGUUUAAAUUAUUCCCUAAAAUAUCUAAAUGAAAUGAAAUCUAUUAAAUUAGAUAUUAAAUUAAAUGAAGAUAAUAAUUUAAAUAAAGAUAAUUUAUUAAAUAUAUUUAAUAUUAUAGUUCAAGAAAAAGGAACAGAAUUAAAUAAUAAUGACUACUUAGUUUUAAAAGAUAUAUUAUCAGAUUCAUUAAUUUCACAAAAUCAUUCAAAGAAAUCAAUUGAAACUAAAUUGAAUAAUAUAAACAUUUCAAUUGAUCAAAUUUAUCAAUAUAGUGAUUUUGAAAUUAACAACAAUGAAACAUUAUCAAAAUUUGGUUUUAAAAAUUAUACAAAUAAUCAAAUAUCAACAACAACAACAUCAAAAAUUUUAUUAAUUGAAAAUGGUCUAAUAGUUGAUAAAAAUUAUUGUUGUAGUUAUUUAAAUGAAAUUAAAGAAGAGGGGAAUAAUAUUAAUAUAUUAUUUUUAGAUUGUUCAUUAUCAAGAGACCAAUCAAAUAUGCAAAUUCAAGUUGAAUUAGAUUCACCUGAAAAAUUAUUAAAUUGGAAAAUUGAUGAAGAGAAUUAUUUUAAACAAUUAAUUACAACAAUUAUAAAUGAAUUACAUGUAAAUACAAUAAUAUGUACUGGUGAUAUUGAUCCAUUAGCACUUCAUUAUAUUGAUCAAUUUAAAAUUUUAGCAUUUAAAUUUGUACCAUAUUUAAUAUUUAAAAAAUUAUCAUUAUCAACUGAAAUAAUUUAUCAUUUAAAUUUAGAUUCAAUUUUACAAAAUAAAAAUAAAAUAGUUUCAAAACAUUAUGAAAAAAUAAUAUUAAAUCCAUUACAAACUAUACUUUGUGAAAGUAGAAAUUAUUAUUUUAAAUUAAAUCCACAACAACAACAACAACAACAACAACAACAACAACAACAACAACAACAACAACAACAACAACAACAACAACAACAACAACAACAACAACAACAACAACAACAACAACAACAACAACAACAACAAAAUAAUAACAAUAGAGAUGAUGCUGAAAUAGAAAUACAAAAAACAAUUAUAAUAUUAUCAGAAACAUAUUUUCAAUCUCAAGAAUUAAAAAGAUAUUGUCAAGAUCUUUUAAUGGGUUUAAAAUUAUUAAAUAAUAAUAAUAAUAAUACAUUAAAUUUUAAUGAAAAUGAAAAUGAAAAUAAAGAAAUUUCAAAUAAAUAUUACAUUUUAGGUGGUGGAGAAGUUGAAAAGGUAAUUGUAAAAAGUUUAUUAGAUAUGUCACAACAAGAAUCUUCAAUUUUAAAAUACAGUAUUGAAUCUUUUUCAAAUUCAUUUCAAUCAUUAUUGUGUAUUUUAAAACUUGCCAAACCAACAGAAUUAUCACAAAAACAAUUAAUCUCACCUAUAAUAUAUGACAAUUAUUUUUUAAAAAAAAAACAAAUUAUUGAUUCAACAAAUUUGGUUCUUACUUUACUCAAAGUAGAUUAA